AUGACUCGAGCACGCAAGCAGGUUACUAGGUCCUUUUCCGCCUGCUGGACUUGCCGUCGGCGGCGUGUCAAAUGCAAUGGCGUCGGUCUGCCCUGCAACCCGUGUAGAAAGCACAAGGUCGAAUGCGAAGGCUACGGCAUCGAGUUGGUCUGGGUAGAUCCCAAGACAGGCGCAUACCCGCCAUUUUGUCGCAGGAGCAUGGAUUUCGAGCAUACAUGGCGCGGCCGGCCGAUUCUUGAAGAAUGGCGUCUACAACGCUUGAUCGACGAAGUGGACAACAUCGGUGCCGAGAGUUCCAAGUCUUCGAGAUACUCCAAUCCCUUCACAGUCUUUAGGGCUUGUCCUUCGAACAUAUGCGCAGAACCAGAUGACUCCAUCGAUCCGCCGUCCGCUCGCGCCGCAGAAUCUCUUCCAUCCUCUCCACGUCAAGCACGCUUUUCCUGCUCGCCGUUGAGCGCAGACGUCGCUCUCAUGGCGCGGUCCCUGGAACCCACAGUCGUUGAUUGCAUAUCAAGCUCUAAGGAAGAGGCUAUGCUGUUCCAUCACUAUGUGACAUGGAUUGCCCCUCUGAUGAUACCAGUGGAUGGUGCUGAGAACCCUUGGAAAUCUGUCUACCCAUCGACAGCGCUUCGAAGCUCCUCCACUGCCUCGCGUGCGUUGUACCAUGCCAUUCUUGCUCAGUCAGCGUUCAACAUAGCCAAUCUGCACGGGGACAAUGGCGCAUCUUCGAGGCACAAAGACUCCGUUGCACUGAAGCACUAUGGCGCUUCGCUAAGCAACCUGAGGCAGGGCUUGAGCGUCUCCACGGAGGAAGAAUAUGAUGCCUGCGCUGCGACCCUGUAUACGCUCAUGAUCUCCGAGGGAAAUGCACGAGGCUCAAUCGCCUGGAGAAAUCAUUUUGACGGCGUCGGGGGAUUUGUCAGUCAAUUUGUUCAAGAGAAGCCUUGGAAUCGCUCCGCAAACUCUUGGGUGAUAUCACAGAGUCUUGCUCUCUCGUUUGAGAUUUCACAGACGGGAAACGCAAAGGUCCAUGGCCGAUCCCCAAUCACAGACGUCCUUUUGGACGGCGUUGCGUCCUGGCAAAAGUUUGGAUACACAAUAGGUGCCAGCUGCGACGUCUUACGCACCAUUUCCUCAAUCAGACUGCUUGCAGAGACACUGUCAUUAGGCCACGUCCCUGAUGACCUCGGCGUCACGAUUCAGGCAUACCUUACUGAAUUAUCACCACAGAAUCACACUGUUAUCCAUGUGGAUCUCGACAUUCCGGAUCGUGACCACUUUCUCGAAUCCCUGCCGGAAGCAAAGUUACUCGAGUUCCUAGAUAGCCUGCAUCUCCGGCUUUUUCGCACCGCGGCCCUGAUCUAUCUACACCAAGCUGUUCUCCGGGUUCCCCCACGUGGCGUUCGAAACCUCGUCAGAUCCGUGCUUGCGGACGCCUUCACGUUUAUUCACAGGAAAGGAGGGUCAAUAUCGCUAUGGCCAGUCUUUAUUGCGGCCACUGAAGCAACUGAAGAAGAAGACCAAGCCAUUGUCGAACAAUGGUUAGCCAUUUCGAGCCUGAUAGGAAUGCGAAAUCGCCUCAUAGCUGGAGAAAUCAUUCGUCAUGUAUGGCAGGAGAGAACCCACGAAGCUAUUGCUCGUGGUCUAAGCCCCGAUCUG